AUGGUCCGCUUACAUGUUAAGAAAGGUGAUGAAAGUCAAUUUCUGUAUGAUACCACCGUUGAUACACUUGUUGACGAUGUUAUUCAAGAAAUAACUGUUAUUUACAACGGUCGGCUAAAGAUAAACCGGAUUGCCUAUGAAAUGGAAGAACUUGCAAAACAUGGUACAAUGUUGCCGUCUAAUAUGAUGGGAUUAACGGAUGAACAAGUGAUCGAGUUAAAAUUAAAAGACGAGUGGGCUGAUAAGUGCUCGCCUAUGGGUGGUUGGACGUUCAAUAAAGACGUUAUGGCGUUGGAUCUACUAAGAGGUGCUUCAAUGAUAGUUUAUCCGAUGGGCUUACCACCUCACGAUGUUAUCCGCAAGGAAUUCGAAAACACUGAAGAUUUAACGGGAACCCAGGCAUCGCUUGAGGUGAUGGACGUACAAAUGACUCAGCUGUGGUUCUCCGGCAAGGAAAUGAUACGGGGAAAAAAGCUCAAGGAUUAUUUAGGCGCCAAUGAGAAGACUAAAAUCGUCGUAAAGCUGCAGAAACGCGGAUCUGGUAUGCCAGCUCGCGAGCCGCUGAUGAAUGAUGACGAGCGCAAGGAAUUUAUGAUGCAUGCUUAUCGACGCCAGGAACAGCUCAAGAAACUCCCGAAAGAGUCCAACUUUUAUACCAUCAAGAAUAAAUUCAACUUUUAA